AUGUCUUUGAUAAGAAAGAGAAACUUUACUGAAGAUGACGAAGGGUCGUCAAAAAGACAAUCUGCCAAAUAUGAAACUAUGGCGAAAUUCUACAACACUAAUCCAGAUCAACAACAUUUAAUACUUCCCAGGAAACCUGAAGGAAUUCUAAUAGGUAGAAGCUCCUCAUGUGAUAUCAAGAUAACCGGAGUAGAUGUUUCGUCGAAACAUUCAAAGUUAUCAUUGGCCAAUAAUAAAGUACGGGAUUAUUUCUUCUUGACGGAUUUAAGCUCAAACGGUACGUUUGUCAAUGGUGCUAAAUUAGGGCAUGGCUCGAGUGUUUUGUUGAAGAGUGGUGAUAAAGUAUCGUUUGCUAAAACCGGUGGUGUUUUUAUUUUCCGGUACUUACUUGAUGAAGUUAAUGAAGAGAAUAAGAAACGAUCUUUAUUCGAUGAUUAUAUAGUAGGUAAACAAUUAGGAUCGGGUCAUUAUGCUAUAGUGAAAGAAGCUAAGAAUAGAUUGACUGGUGAUAUAGUAGCGGUGAAAAUUUUCCAUCCCAAUAAGACAUCCAAGGAUUCACAAGAAGAUGAAGCUAAAUUACAACAAGAAAUUGAUUUAUUAUUAUCCAUUGAUCACCCCAAUAUCGUCAAAUUCAUCAACAGAUAUGUGGAGCCAAUAAAUCAACAUUCAGUAUCAACAUAUUUAAUCAUGGAGAAAGUCAAUAGUGGAGAGCUUUUUGAAAGAAUCAUCAACAAACUGAAACUUAGAGAAGAUGAAACCAAAGCUCUUUUCAAACAAUUAUUAUCAGGAUUAUUCUAUUUACACCAGAAGAACAUUAUACAUAGAGACAUCAAACCAGAAAAUAUUUUACUUGACAUAACACCUAGGCAAAGUGGUCAACAACAACAAACAGGACCAUGGGAUGAAAAUGAAUAUGAUAUUAAAGUUAAGAUAGCUGAUUUCGGAUUAGCCAAAUUUAUCGGAGAAUUACAAUUCACCAAUACACUUUGUGGAACACCAGCAUAUGUGGCACCAGAAAUUCUAAGUAACCAAAUCAAUUAUACUACUAAAGCGGAUUUAUGGCUGGCUGGAGUAUUAUUAUAUGUUUGUCUUUGUGGAUUCCCACCAUUUAGUGAUGAAUUGGCCCCUCCAAAUAUGAGAGAACAAAUUUUAACAGCCAAAUAUGCAUUCUAUUCUCCUUAUUGGGAUGAUAUUACCGAUGCUGCAUUGGAUUUAAUUAGUUCCUUAUUAGUAUUAAGUCCCGAAGAAAGAUAUGAUGUGACGACAGCAGCCGAUCAUGAAUGGUUCAGAGAAUCUGUAUCUCAAGAAGAUAUGGUAAUGGAUAGCUUGGAUUCCACUAGUUCUAAAAAUAGUUUGCAAAGGAGUAGUUCGAUGGGAAGUGUUCAAAGAGAACCAUUAAGAAAUAAUAGUCAUCCAUUGAGUUUCAGACACAAAUUUGCAUCAGAAUUAAAUUCAUUACUGUACCAAUAA